GUCUGGGCGAGGCGCUCAGGCCGCGCGUCUCGGUGCCCGCGGGAGGGUGAUCAUGUGACCUGGCGGUGUCUCAAGAUGGCGGCGGCGAGCGAGCCCAGCUGUGCAGCCCGGGCUCCCCAGCACACACAGACUGCAGGAUUGCUCAGCCUGUCUCUGCCCUGAUCCCUGUCUGGGGGCAGAGCCACAGCCAGAGCCGAGGAUGCCGCUCUUCUCCCGCAAGAAGAAACCCAGCGAUGACGCCCGGAAGCGCCUUGAGUACCAACUGUGCCUGGCAAAAGAAGCUGGUGCUGAUGACACCCUUGACAUAUCCAGAUGUGAACUCUCAGAGGUUCCUUAUGGGGCCUUUGCCACUUGUAAAGUCUUGCAAAAAAAGGUGCUGAUUAUUCACACAAAUAAUCUGACAUCUUUAGUUCCAAAGUCCUGCAGCCUCCUGAGUCUCAGCACUGUGAAGGUUCUAGACCUUCAUAACAACCAGCUGACGUCGCUUCCUGCUGAUAUUGGUCAGCUCACAGCUCUUCAGGUCCUAAACCUUGAAAGGAAUCUGUUAAAAAGCCUUCCACAAUCUAUAGGAGACCUUGCCCAGCUCCAGCUCCUCAAUGUGAAAGGGAACAAGCUGAAGGAGCUGCCCAGCACAGUGAGUGGCCUGCGGAGCCUGCGCUCCCUGGACGUCAGUGGGAAUGUGCUGCAGGAGCUGCCCCGGGUGCUGGCCCACGUCAGGACCCUGCAGACCCUGGCCCUGGAUGCCUCUUCCAUGACCUACCCAUCCCCUGAGAUCUGCAGUGCAGGCACAGAGGCCAUCCAGCAGUUCCUCUGCAAAGAGUGUGGAAUUGCCUACUACCCUCCCUCCCAGUAUCUCCUUCCCGAGCUGGAGGGCAAUGGAGGAGGAUCCUCAGUGGAUGGGGUGGACAGGACAGUGCAUAAAUACCUGCAGGAGGCGAGGGAGUGGCAGAACAAAUUCUCGGAGUAUGAGAAGAGGAAGGAACAAAAGAUGCAGGAGAAGCUGGAAUUCGAGCGGCGCCUGGACAUGGGGCAGAGGGAACACGCCCUGCUGGUCCAGCAGCUCCACAGCCAGAAGGAUGAGAUGCUGCAGACAGUGAGGGAGGACCAGCAGAGGCUGGAGGAGGGGCUCACGAAGCACCAGCGCUAUUUGGAGGGCGAGCGCCUGAAGCUGCUGCAGCAGCUGAAGCUCACGGAGCAGGGCAUUGCCAGCAGGAUCCACAAGCUGCUGGAGGACAACCAGAGGCAGAAACAAAGUUCAGACAUUCUGAAGUCCUUGGAGAAUGAGAGGAUUAGGAUGGAGCAGCUGAUGGCAAUAACCCAGGAGGAGACGGAGCAGCUGCGCAGACGGGAAGUGGCCUCUGCCAUGCAGCAAAUGCUGGCUGAGACCUACAAGAACAAGCUCCUCCAAGUGACCUACGAGUCUCGUCGGCAAGACCUCGUCAGCCAGGCCUGCUCCAGCCUAGCUGAGAUGGAUCAGAAGUUCCAGCAAAUCCUGGAUUGGCAACAGCUGGAUCAGAACAAAGCUGUCAGUCAGAUCCUGCAGCAGAUUGAGAUGCAGAAAGCUGCCUUUGAAGCUCUCCAGGUGAAGAAGGAUCUUAUGCACCGGCAGAUCAGGAACCAGAUUAAAUUAAUAGAAACAGAGUUAUUGCAGCUGACACAGCUGGAGUUAAAGAGGCAAGAACUGGACACAGAGACGCUGCAGGUCAGGCCACCUGUUCAGUCAGCCCCAAGUCAGUACCAAGGCCGUGUCCUUUCCCAGAGCAGGCACACAGCAUGGGAAGUGCUGACCCGAGGCAGGAUUGCCCCUGAGCCCGGUGCUGGGCCCUUCAGGGGUAAGAUUUGGGUUGUGCUGCCUGACCUCACACAGCUCCUCUGUGGUGUUGGGGGGCACAGGGUGAAGGACCACCCAGAGUUCGUGCAGGGCAGACCAGGGAGGCCCAGGCAGGUGUAAUUCAGGUGACACCAGGGUUGUGUGACUGGUGAACACAGGAGCUGCAGGAAACAGCUCUGCCCAGGUACCCACCUGCAGCUUCAGCACUGGGAGCCAAGAACUGAGGCAUGGACACCUGGAUGUCUCUGGAUCCCCCUGCCCUUGGUGGUCUGCAGCCAAAGGGGCCCUGCUGGGGUUGAUCCCCCAGGGCACGGGCAGUGCCCAGAAGUGCCUUGGCAGAAGCUUUUCUGCAGCCAGGUGCAGAACCAGGUGCUUCACCCCGGGAUAAGGUGCUUUAGUAAUGACCUUGAUAGAUGUUUGGGAAGAACAGAGACAUCCUGGGGAAGGGCUGGCACAGGUCUGUGGGAGGAUCCCGGCGAGUCUCCGCAGUGCCGUGAGCAGGGAGGGCACCCCAAGGCUGAAGGGACUGGAACAGCUCCCACCAGUCACCAGUUGUCCCUCUCCCUUCUGUGGAGGUCCUGAUGCCUCCUGCCUCCAUCAGGGCAAAGUGUUUCUGGUCACCAGGUGGUGGGUUUGGCCUGUGACAGGCAGGUGUUCCUCUGUCCAACAGGAUCUUGUCCCUGUGCAGGGUCCAGGUGCUGAUCCCAGCUGGACAGGGCUUGGAGCAACCUGGGCUAGUGGAAGGUGUCCCUGCCCAUGGCAGGGGUGGAACGAAUGAGCUUUAAGGUCCCUUCCAACCAAACCAUUCCAGGAUUCUAUGAUCCAUGAAGGUUUCCCCAAACUUCAGUAUCUAUCACUGUCCCUCUGUCCAUGGACAUCUGAGUCCUUGUGGCUGAUGAGCACUGGGAAUGAUCCUCCUGGCAGGUUGAGUGAGCUGGGACUGAGCCAUGCAGAGAUGCCCCAUGGCUGGACAUUCCCAAGCCCACCAACCUCUCCAUUGCCAGGGUGUGGCUCCAGGGAUGCCUGACCUGGCCCUGGGACCUGGCGGUGCUUGGGGUGAGACCCCAGGGAAAGGAAGCUCCCCAAAGGCAUGGGGAGGUUCCCACCUUACCUGUCCUUACCUGCAGGCUUCUAGACCUACUUUCAGGUGGUCUUUCUCAGACCAGGACAGGUUGGACUGGGCUGGGAGCAACCUGGUCUGGUGGAAGGUGUCCCUGCCCAUGACAGGGCAUGGAACGAGUGAGCUUUAAGGUCCUUUCCAACACAAACCAGUCUGGGAUUCCAUGAUUCCAGACAGUGGGACCAUGAACACUUGCAGUGCCUUUGGCUGAAGUUCUGAUGGAGUGAUUUGGAGUUGCUGCAGCUGCUGUGGGCUGGGGCUGCCCAGGCUGUGCUGGGGGUGGCACUGCCAGGUACAGGGCAGUGCAGGACUGAAGGGAAGGGGCUCAGCUCAGCUCUGCCGUGCCAGCUGCUGGGAGAGGCUGUGGAGCACAGGGAUUCCACACCCACAGUGCCUGGUUUGGGUCUGGUAAGUGCUGUGCUGGGCAGGGGCAGGGUGGCAGCCCCGUGGUGGGACCUGUG